AUGGCAUCGAACCAAAACAGCCCGUACGUCACGACCCGAAAACAGGCCGUCGUAGAAGCGUGGAGUCAGGGUUUCAACGUCGGAGCCGUUGUCAUCCUUAUUUUGCUUGUUCUAUGCAACUAUCGCAGAAAGACACUACUACAUAAGCUUAUUCUUGGUGAACUACUCCUUGCGCUCGGACAUGGAUUCUUUGCAUUCUUUGAAGAGCCAGAAUAUGGAUGGAUCCUCAGCAGCACCGCAACUCUGCUCUACGUCUCAUACUUCAUCCACAAUCUCAUCGCGUGGCUAAAGAUCCGACCGUUUCUUCCUAAAUGGGGCGCACGAAUCUUCAUCAUCACAUUGCUCAUGGUUCAACCUUACUGGAUUCUCGAAACUUGGGCAAACUUCCAAUACCACAACCACCUCGGUAGCCGAAUUUUUGACACAUCAAGAUUACUCGAACCGCUGUUCAGAGACCCAUGGUGGGUUUUCACGACGAUAAAAUUGGUCAUGGCCAUUCGCGAGAACUACGAAUUUACGAUAUCCGGUCUGGUUCGCACAAGCCCACGCUUCGGAAUCAUGCUUCUUUGUCUUCUUCUCUCAAUUGUGUUCUUAAUCACGGAUGUCGUCUUCAUGAUUGUGGUAUCUAAGAGAGGUGGAAUGAAUCCAUUUUGGAGGCUAGCCCUGGUAUUCAAAUGCGCAUCCGACGUUAUAUUCCUCGACGAUUUCAAGAGUGUUCUGGACCGAAUAUCGGAAUCAGCCAUGAGAAAAAUCACGACCUUCGAGUACAGAGAUAACGCCUCACCCUCGGUCCAUCCGCCGGCUUCUACCGAUUUCUCGAUGCCUGGAUACAAUCGUAAGAUUUCACGGUUUGAAUCGUCCUCUAGAGCAGAAUUGGGGUCAAUCCUACGUCCAAUGGGCUCAAGGGACGAUGGACAUUACGAGUUUGCAGCAAACAUCAGUCAGACUUAUGUAGAUGGAGUUCCACAGUGGCAUGAGGAGAAUGCCCAAAAUUUUGUUUCUCACGCCCCGCGUCAGAGAGGUGAGUCUGAAGAUACUAUGCUAACAAGAGUGGAUCGCGAACAACAGGGACGAUCACAAGAUAUCCCAAUGGAGCCUAUCAAGGCGUGGACGAGGGAUGACCAAUUACAUUAA